UUCUCCAUCCAUCACUUCCAUUAAUAUCUAUCUCCUAUAUAUAUCCAUACUUCAUAAUCUUUCUUCUCCAAUACAAUCUUAUACAUAAAAAUCAACUAUGAAAAUAUUAAGAAAUGGCCUCCAAGGUUUGAAACCAGUGAUGCUCAUGGUUUUGGUUCAACUUGCCUAUGCAGCAGUUAAUGUGCUUUACAAGCUUGCCAUCGAUGAUGGAAUGACUGUCAAAGUUGCUACUGCUUAUCGUUUGGCUUUUGGUUCUGCUUUCACUGUUCCUCUUGCUCUCAUUUCUGAAAGAAAUAAGAGGCCAAAGCUUAGUUGGAGAGUGCUUUUCAUGGCUUUUCUUUGCGGCUUGUUUGGUGGAAGUUUAUUUCAAAAUCUAUUCUAUGAGGCUUUGGCUUUAACAUCAGCAACAUUUGCAUCUGCAAUCUACAAUCUCAUUCCUGCCAUCACUUUUAUCAUGGCCAUUUCAUGCGGUUUUGAAAAAUUAAAUUUAAGAGCAGCAGCUGGAAAAGCCAAAGUGUUGGGAACUCUAGCAGGAAUUGGAGGAGCAAUGAUGUUGAUUUUUCUCAAGGGUGUGGAAAUUAAUAUUUGGCCAUUUCAUAUCAAUGUUAUGCAUCAUCAUCAACAUCAAACUAGCCAUGUUGAUUAUGGUAGUAAAGGGUUGGGUGUUCUAUGUGCUGUAGCAAGUUGUUUCUCUUUUGCUCUAUGGUUCAUAAUUCAGGCUAAGAUGAGCAAAGAAUACCCAAGUCAUUACUCAAGUACAGCUUUAAUGUCUACAAUGGGAGCAAUACAAGCCACUGGUUUUGCUCUUUGUUUUGAAAGAGAUUGGAGCCAAUGGAAGUUGGGUUGGAAUAUAAGACUUCUAGCCGUUGCAUAUUCGGGAAUCGUUGCGUCUGGAUUAGUGGUUAUUGUGACAUCUUGGUGCAUAAAGAUGAGAGGCCCACUAUUUGCAUCUGUUUUCAACCCUUUAAUGCUGUUGUUUGUGACUAUUGUUGCUUCUUUGAUGUUGGAAGAAAAAUUAUACUUAGGAAGUUUGAUUGGAGCAGUGUUGAUUGUGUGUGGAUUAUAUAUGGUUCUUUGGGGUAAGAGUAAAGAGAUGAAAAAGAUUGCUCAAUUGGCUACAUCAAAAAUUGCACAAGAAGCUGAAGAAGAUAUUGAAGUUGUUGUAAUGUCUAGACCAAUAGUACAAGAUCAUGAUAAAUUACAUGUCUCUAACAACAAUCACAUUGAAGUUGAUAAAGAACAUGAUUCAAAAAAUGGAGAAAUUAAGAGUAUUGGAGAUGAUCCAAAGUAACUGCUUUGAAAUGAAGUUGGAGGGCAUGUUCUUUUAUAGUUUAAUUUAAUUUUUUUUCACUAAUGUUUUUUUUGUCUUUAAUUAAUUACUUAGUUUACCUAGUCAAUUAAUGAAGUAUAUUAUACAGAUAUGUUAGUUGUAAUUUCUUUUACGAGUAAUGGAUUUAGAAAUGGACAAAGCCUAAACAUAUGGUAUUUAUACUAUCUUACAACAACAAUAGU